UAAUAAAAAUGAGAAAAUCCGAGCGCUGCUUUUGGCUGCUCUCCACCAACCUGUCAGUGACGCAAGCGGAGACUACUUAAAGGCAGAUUAGAGGCAGCAAGACAUUAAAAGCCAACCUUCCUCCCUCCACGCCGCGGGUCCGCCGCGCCGCGCCGCGCCAGCAGCCGAGCGGGCCGGGGCCGGUGGCGGCCGCCGCGGGGCCCCGAGCCCAGCCCAGGCGAUCCCAGCACAGCCCAGCGCAACCCAGCACAGCCCAGUCCAGCGAAGCCAGGAGUCCUCGGCAGAGCUGCCACCUCCAGCCGCCUUCCCGCCACUGGACUGCGGGCGGUAGAGAGGGGCUGCUCUUCUGUUUGUUUUUCCUCCCCCUGCAAAAAAACCCCAAACAAACAAAACAGAAAAAAAAAAAAAAGAGGAGCGGGGGGAGGGGGAAAAGGAAGGAAGAAGUGAAGAGAUCCCCUCCGCUUGCCAAAGUCUUUGUCUCCGGAUGAACAGCGAUGGGGGAAUGGACUAUUCUAGAGAGGCUACUGGAAGCUGCCGUGCAGCAGCAUUCUACUAUGAUAGGGAGGAUCCUGCUGACCGUGGUGGUGAUCUUCAGGAUACUCAUUGUGGCCAUUGUAGGGGAGACGGUGUACGAUGACGAGCAAACCAUGUUUGUCUGUAACACGCUGCAGCCAGGCUGCAACCAGGCUUGUUACGACCAGGCUUUCCCUAUUUCUCACAUAAGGUACUGGGUGUUCCAGAUCAUCAUGGUGUGCACCCCCAGCCUUUGCUUCAUAACGUACUCCGUUCACCAGUCUGCUAAGCAGAGGGAACGGAGGUACUCCACUGUCUUCCUCACCUUGGAGAGGGACCAGGAUUCAAUGAAGCGUGAGGACAGUAAGAAAAUCAAGAACACGAUUGUCAAUGGGGUGCUGCAGAACACUGAGAACUCCACCAAAGAGGCAGAACCAGACUGCUUAGAAGUGAAGGAAAUCCCCAAUCCUGCUAUCAGAACUACAAAGUCAAAAAUGAGGAGGCAAGAAGGCAUUUCUCGAUUUUAUAUCAUCCAAGUGGUCUUUCGAAAUGCCCUAGAGAUUGGAUUCUUGGUGGGACAGUAUUUUCUGUAUGGAUUCAAUGUCCCUUCCAUGUACGAAUGUGACAGAUACCCUUGCAUUAAAGAAGUAGAGUGCUAUGUCUCUAGACCCACUGAGAAGACUGUAUUCUUGGUAUUCAUGUUUGCUGUCAGUGGGAUUUGUGUGGUGCUCAAUUUGGCAGAACUGAACCACUUGGGCUGGAGAAAGAUCAAAAUGGCAGUGAGAGGAGUACAGGCAAAAAGGAAAUCCAUAUACGAAAUCAGAAAUAAGGACCUGCCAAGAAUGAGCAUGCCUAACUUUGGCAGGACUCAGUCAAGUGACUCAGCUUAUGUGUGAGGCUGUGACAGAACUGAAACACCGUGCCAGGUGGAACAGACCCAGAUACCAUUAGAGAAAGGUACAUUGCUUAGGCAAGCAUUUUAUCAAACCACCAAGAAAGCCAUUAAGGUAUUGGAUCUGCACUUACUGAACUAUCUGCAAAAUGCAGUGCUAUGUAAAAGACUGAAAAACCAGCUAUAAAACCAUGCUUGAUCUAGCCUUACAGCACAGCUACUAUUAUUCCUACUUUUCUUUCUAAUGAUUGGGUGUUAUCUGUCGGUGGAGCGGCUUUUUGGUCGUCAUUAGGAUAAGUUUACAGUUUGGACUGUCUGACUAAUUGUUGUAAACGUGUAGAAUGUUCAUAUUAAAAAUCUGCAAGGAUACUCUAUAUGG